CUGGUAUAAAAGGAGCGACGGGAAGGUGGAGACGGCCAUAACGGACCGAGAAAACAUCUGAGACCAAGAUGAAGACGUCAGGGAUGCUUGUCCUCUGUGUCUCAUUGGCCUACACGUUCCUGGGCAGCAGUGAGGGACAAAAUACAGCAACCAACCCUUCCACUUCUCCAUCCAGCACCACCCAACCAGCAGGGACCACCACUUCCCCAGCUCCAUCCAACAUCACCCAACCAGCAGGGACCACCACUUCCCCAGCUCCAUCCAACAUCAACCAACCAGCAGGGAACACCACUUCCCCAGCUCCAUCCAGCACCACCCAACCAGCAGGGACCACCACUUCCCCUGCUCCAUCCAACAACACCCAACCAGCAGGGACCACCACUUCCCCUGCUCCAUCCAACAACACCCAACCAGCAGGGACCACCACUUCCCCAGCUCCAUCCAACAUCACCCAACCAGCAGGGACCACCACUUCCCCUGCUCCAUCCAACAACACCCAACCAGCAGGGACCACCACUUCCCCAGCUCCAUCCAACAUCACCCAACCAGCAGGGAACACCACUUCCCCAGCUCCAUCCAGCACAACCCAACCAGCAGGGACCACCACUUCCCCUGCUCCAUCCAACAACACCCAACCAGCAGGGUCCACCACUUCCCCUGCUCCAUCCAACAACACCCAACCAGCAGGGACCACCACUUCCCCAGCUCCAUCCAACAUCACCCAACCAGCAGGGACCACCACUUCCCCUGCUCCAUCCAACAACACCCAACCAGCAGGGACCACCACUUCCCCUGCUCCAUCCAACAACACCCGAUCAGCAGGGACCACACUGCCGCACAGCAGCAGCUCAACUCACACAACCACCACCAGCAACCACACCAGCAGCGCAUCGGGGCCCCCGGCCUUCUCAAACGCCACCGCCUCCCAGCAGCCUUCGACUCCACAUGGGACGUCCAGUAACAAACCAACAAGCUCGGCCCCGAGAAGAGGCUGUGACGCUCUGUGUGGGUUCUACAGUCAACUGCUGGUGCCGGCCAUCUCCCUGCUAAUCUACAGCGCACUGGGCUGAAAAUGUGCAAUCGACGCAAAUCAUUUCAUGGUGUAUAUUAAAGGUUAAAAAAAAAGAAAUCACAUGCAUAUUUUUCUAUGGCUGCCACACAUUUCACCUGCUGAUGCUAUGAAGAUGUCUUUAGACCACUUGUGCUGCACGACACCUUUAUAAAUGUUUUACACCUUCAUACUUCAAAUGUUCAAACUGUAUUUCACAGAGUGGAUGUGACAUUUCUUCCUGUUUCUUUUAGGCAAAUCUAUUGGUCAGGAAACGGGCAUCGGACUUCAUUAGAAAUCAAUUGUCAUCAGGGCAGAACAUGUUAAAACAACUGGAUCCUUAAAGAACUCCAGUUGAGAAUCACAGCCGCCACCUCAUUUGAAUGGAAAAGAUAUUCGCUUUUAAAUAUUUAGAUCAUAUUCAAACAUCACAUUUAAAUUCAGGAUGUUUGUUUUGCUCCACCUGGGAUGUGUUGUUUCCUUCGGCUCUAGUGGCUCUGCUGUAUAUGUUCGUAUGACUCAUAAAUCCUGUGGAGCAUAAUAAGCAUGAGAGAAAAUUUUGGGGAAUAAAUCAAGUGGUUAA